AUGGCUACAUACAGAAACUUGAAGCAUUUAACACUACUUUCUAUUUUAAUACUAUUAUAUAACUCAAUCAUUAAGAAUAGUGUACUCGGUCAACAAUCAGUGAUCAAUUAUGGUUAUUAUUCAGAUCAAAUUAUACCUGGAGCCGGUGAAUAUGGAUUAUUAACUCCGGGUUUAGUAAAUUUACCAGAUAAACAAUUCAAUUUUACUGCCUCAAAUCUACAAGAACCAUCACCGAUAUCUGCAAUUUCUUUGGCUAUUGUCUUUGAUUCAACUGGUUCAAUGGGAAAUGAUUUAAAACAAGUGAAAGUUGGAUCUAGGCGUAUUUUACAAAGACAUUUACAACGUGGUGAAGCAAAUUAUAUUAAAGAUUUCGUCUUAGUUAAAGUGCAUGAUCCAGAUGUUGGCCCGGCAAAAGUUACUACAUCAACUAAAACAUUUUAUGAAUACUUAGACAAUGUGUAUACUCAAGGUGGUGGGGAUUGUCCAGAAAUGACGAUUACUGGCAUUGAGCUAGCACUGGAAGCGUCAAGACCUAAUUCUUUAAUUUAUGUAUUCACGGAUAGUAGUGCUAAAGAUUAUAAUCGUACUGAAAAAGUGCUCAAUUUAAUUCAAGAAAAACAAAGUCAGGUUGUAUUUGUUCUAACUGGAUUCUGUAAUACAACUGAUGAACCAGGAUUUGAAGCAUACCGUCAAAUUGCUACUGUGAGUUCAGGUCAACUGUACAUUAUUGGCAAAGGACAAGUUAAUGAAUUCAUGCAAGUGGUUGAAGCAGCAGUUGAAGCAAGAAAAGUGCAUAUUCUACAACAAGAUACACUCAAUACCGAUGCAAAGACCUACAGUUUCCCUGUGGACUCUCAUCUUACCCAGUUAACUAUUCAUGUUACAAAUCAUCAUAGAAAUCAGGCAAUUCAUGUAAAAAUACGUAAUCCUGAAGGUAAGCUAAUCGGCAAGGAAGAUGGUCUCAAACAACUGAUGAAAGCUGUUAAGUCUGUAUUUGUUGGUUCAAUUGAUCGACCUAAGGCUGGUCAGUGGACUUUAGAAGUGGGCACAGAACCAGAGGAGGCUGAUUUGGAUGAACCAGAUGAGAGUAAACAAUCAGAACGGUGGAUUUCUGUUCGGGUUUCUGGUAUAAGUGAUGUCGACUUUCUUCAGGGAUUUUCGACAACACCAAGACUGCAUAACCAUGGAGCAUCAACACAACCAAUAGCAGGUGUUCAAAAUUACAUUAUGGUUAAUAUGACUGGAAGAUUUUUACCAGGACAAGUUGAUCAUUUCGACAUGAGGGCUCCAAAUGGUGCGUCAGUUGUUCGACUACCUGUACAACAAACUGCAAAAACACAAAUAUAUGUUAGUCAACAAGCAAUGGACCCAAUUACUGGACAUUAUUACCUUGAAGUAUCUGGAAGAGAUGGACAAGGCUAUCCAUUCCAACGUUGUUCUAAGGUAGCGUUAUCAUCUAGGCAACCACAACAAAUUGUCGUCACAUGUCCGGCUCAAGUUGAUGUUAGAAGAGGAGCUACAGCAGAAUUAUCAUGUACUGUAACAAGUGAAAUCCCCUAUACGGUUAAAUGGUUUAAAGAUAAACAAGCUAUUACAGGAUAUCCUGACGAGAACAAGGUGUACAACUUUCCAACUAGUGUUAUGUACACUAUUACUGACGCAAAUGAAGAAUCCCAAGGGAUUUAUACGGUAGAAGUUGUACCUACAAUUACGGAUGGUGAGAAAAAGAUUGAAGGGCAAUAUCAAGAUGAAGUAUCCGUCAUCAUACUACCUCCUCCUCCACGUGUUCUAAUACCACGUAAUGCAAGUGUUGAACCGAGAACAGACGCUGUACUCAUUUGUAAUAUAUUUAGUUUACAUGAAAAUGUUGAAGUUAAAUGGUAUCGAGGUCUGGAACCAAGAUUCGAAUUGAAAAAUGGACGAAGGCAUACAAUUAGUUUGAAUCAGGACAAUCCUCCAGGUGGUUUAGCAUCCGCAUUCACAAGUACAUUGACAAUAAGAACUGCAACGGAAAGUGACUCAGGAAAGUAUAUUUGUGAAGCAGAACACAAAGGUGGAGUCAGUGAAGCUGAUGGAUUUCUUCUUAUUCAUACUCGUCCUAUUGUAACUGCUGACGAAGAAACAGUUACAUUCAAAGAGGGAAGUGCACUGGUCAUGAGUUGUCGUUCAGAAGGAGCACCAAAACCUAAAAUUAUAUGGGCUUAUAAUAAUGUACCGAUUACAAUAUCCACUGAUGAUGAUCAGCGUAUUACAGUGAUUGAGGAAUUUUUUGAGUCAAGAUUAAUUAUUCGUCCUGCAAAAUCUAGUGAUGCUGGUGACUAUUCAUGCAUAGCUAUUAAUUCAGCUGGCAAUAGUACAAUACAGAUUACUGCUAAUUUUAUAUCAUCUCCGAAAAUUGAUAAACUGGAAAUAUCUACUCCCCUACCAGUAGAAGGCCAAGAACAAACAUUUACAUGUCAUGUCUCUGGCAAACCAAAACCUAAAGUAAAAUGGGAUUUCAAUGGUAGCCCGGUUACUAGUAGUCCCGGUAUACGUAUUGAUGAAGAGUCAGGAGUCUUGAAACUACUUUCAGUUCGUCAGGAUAUGAAGGGCGAAUGGACAUGUCUUGCUGAAAAUAUUGCUGGUUAUACACGAGAAUCUGUGCUAAUGGAUGUUGGAUUCCCACCAAAAGUGCUUACGGAUAUUACUAGUUCGAAGGUGUUGGCUGAAUUCGCAAUGGAUACAACUUUGAGUUGUCCAGUAACUGGCCAACCACAACCAAAUGUUAAAUGGUAUCGUGUUACUGGAUCAGGGAAUGUUCCAUUGAGUUUUGGUAAUCGUUAUAUUCUGCAAGCUGACAACUCUUUAUUAAUACAUGACGUUAAUAUGGAAGAUGCAGGCGUUUUCCUCUGCGAAGCUGUUAACAUGUACGGUAAAGUCAGUCAUUCAGUGACGGUUGAAAUUGGAGGAACUAAAGCUCCAUCGAUUUCAUUUACACAACCUAAACAACUAGUGCUACUGGGUACACCAGAGAAACAAAUUAUUUGUAAUGUACUAGAUGCUAAACCGGCUGCAACUGUAAUCUGGUUAAAAGAUAAUCAACCAAUCGAUACAAGAACAAGUGAUAAAUACUUUUUGGAUGGAUUUAAUCUAAUCGUUCGUGAUAUAGAAAUCGAAGAUGAAGGAAUUUACACGUGUAUUGCACGUAAUGUGGUCGGAAAGGCUAAAUUUGAUAUUGAACUAGAUGUGCAAGCUAAACCCAAAUUUACGGAGUCUUCAACUGGCGGUAAAAUUGAUAUAACUCAAGGGGACAAUUUAGUUUUGGAAUGUAAAGUUGAAGGUGACCCUAGGCCGCUUGUGGAAUGGCGUAAAGAUGGUAGAAUAAUUUUACCUCAAGGACCUGGAACAAAUACGGGAACAGUGUACAGUACUAAUAUGGGUUCAAUGGGUCCAGCUAUUGUCAUUUCACCUGAUGGAUAUACGCUGACUGUAUAUUCAGUUACAGAUGCUGUUGCCGGAAGUUUUACAUGUUCUGCGAUUAAUGUUCAUGCAAUCGAAUCAAAAGAAUUCGAAAUCACAGUUAAAACGCCACCUGUUAUAUCAAAGGAUGGUAGUGCAGAGUUUGAAUUAGGCAAUCAAGAAGUUGGCUUGUUGACUUGUAUCAUUGCAGUGAGUCAACCACCUGCUAAAAUAACUUGGUAUAAAGAUGGUAGGCCAUUAGAACCAAUUCCUGGACGUGUCAGUUUCCUUGAUCAUGGACACACUGUUGAAAUACGUGGUAAAAAUGAAGAUGACUCAGGAUCAUAUGAAUGUCGCGCUGAAAAUGUGGCUGGCAGUGAUUCUCGAUUUUACCAAGUUACUGUAUUAAUCCCACCAGAAGUGACAACAAUUGGAACAUCCACUCGUCGUCUUGUUCAACCAGGUCAUAAAUUAGAGCUUGAAUGUGGUAUGACUGGGUAUCCAGAACCUAAAUUAACAUGGUAUUGGAAUGGUAAACCGUUAUCUGGUAAAGAUGACCAACAAGAAACAAUUGCAUCUAGCCUAGGCAUGCAAAUAAUCAAUAUAAACCCUGAGAGAAAAGAUUUAUAUAUACAAGAAAUGAGUACUGCUCUACAAGGAAACUAUACUUGUACAGGAAUGAAUAAAGGAGGUUCUACUGAUUUAACCUAUGAAGUAAUCCUACUCGAAAAGCCUCGAAUCGACAGUUUGAAUGAAAAAGCGGUUGUAUUUGUUAAUAACACAAUAACUUUAACUUGUGAAGCUACUGGUAGUCCUCCGCCAAAUAUCACUUGGUUAUUUAAAGGGAAACCAUUGGAUUUAGAAACUGAUCCAGGAUAUCGAUUAGUCGGUCCAAAGAAUCUUAUGCUUUUGUCAGCAAGACCCUAUCAAGGCGGAGAAUAUGAAUGUAUCGCAGAGAAUGAAGCUGGAACAGCACAUGCAUUGACCGUUUUAACUGUUUUUGAACCAACCGGUGACAGAAAUAUGGCACAAAAUCUUACAAUUAGAACAAUAAAUAUGGGCGGGAAUAUAACCUUUACUUGUGUCAUGAGUUCAAAUCCGCCGGCACAGAUUAAAUGGUUUAAAGAUGAAGAAGAUAUUUACAGUGUAAUGCCACAAGAUCGUUUUUCCAUUAGUGCUGAUGGUUCAGCCUUAACAAUACUAAACGUUCGUCUUGAAGAUCAAGGUCAAUUUAAAUGUCUAGCAGUCAACAUACCCGGAUCCUGGAAUUAUCAUUACACUCUAGAGGUCACAUCAUCACCUGGCAUAUUAAGACAUUCAUCCUCUCCCUCCAAAGUGAAUGUCAAUGAUGAUGAAGAACUACGCCUACAAUGUUUAGCUACAGCAAAUCCAGAACCAGUUUAUCAGUGGUUAAAAGAUGACACACCACUUGGACUACACGUCCUGGCUGUAUCACCAAAUGAAGGAGUAGAUUAUUCUACAACUCGUACAAAUGUUGCAAAUCUGAGUAGCCGUUAUGAACUUCAUGAUCAAGGACGACUUCUGUUGAUUAGAGGUGUUCAAACACAUGAUGCUGGAAGAUUCACUUGUAUAGCUAGUAAUCCUGUUGGAGAAGAUCGACUGGAUAUAGAAGUUCAAGUUUCAUCUUCUCCAAGAUUUCUUGACGGUUUGGAUCAUGAAUCACCAAUACUUGAAAGAGGUAAACCAAAUUAUCUGUGGUGCAAUGUAACUGGUCAACCAGAGCCAGAAAUUCGUUGGGAAUAUGAUCUCCCAACCACUGGUCCAGGGGAUCGUAAUAUACAACAACGUUUAAAUGGUCGACAGUUAUUAUUGCCAAAUGUUGACUAUGGUGUAAUAACGCGUUAUAUCUGUAUUGCUAAAAAUAAAGCUGGAGAAAUUAAAAGAAUAUUUGAUCCAACUUUAGUGUACUCACCUGUUAUUGUUGGAUCAGAGGGUAAAAAUCCAAGACAAGUGUUACAGAACUCCAGUACACGUCUAGUUUGUGACUGGGAGGCGUCACCGAGAGCUCGUGUUGAAUGGUUCAAAGAUGGUGAACUGAUUACUCCUGAGACAUUUCCUAAAUCCAAUAUUUCAGUUGGAGAUACACAGCUUUAUCUAACCGAUGUACAAACUCCAGAUGCUGGAAAUUAUCGUUGUGUAGUAACCAAUGAAUAUGGUGUUGCUAAACGUCAAUGGGCAGUACAAGUAAUGUCGCCACCAUCUAUUAGAUUUUCAAGUACUGAAGGAGAACACAAUGUUGCACUUGGAUCUAAUUUAGCUUUAUUCUGUGUUGCAUCUGGUCACCCUCUGCCUAAAAUUACAUGGACUAGAGACGGCAAACCGAUUGCCGGUUCAAAACAUACUAUCAGUGAUGACAAUAUUCACUUAAGAUUAACUGAUGUUGAAGAAAAUGAUGCUGGUCGAUAUGCCUGUCAUGUGAUGAGUGAAUAUGGUCAAGUUUCAAAAACUUUCGACGUAAAAGUAACGUAUGGACCUAGACUGGAUCCAGAUGGUCAGCUACAAUAUAGCUUAGAACGUACUGUUGGAGCUAGUGCACUUCUCGAGUGUCUUGUGUCCGGUAAUCCUCGAGUGAAAAUCGAAUGGUUUAAGGAUGGUGUAUCACUUGAUCAGCUAUCUUACAGAUAUCGUUUAAUAAAUCAAGACCGACAGUUAGAAAUAAUUUCUAUGCAACCAACAGAUGCUGGUCGUUAUAGAUGUGUUGCGAAAAACAACUAUGGUCAAUUAGAAAUCAACACAGAUGUUUCAGUUGGAGCUCCUGCUCGUAUUGAUCGUGGACGUGUACGUACAGAAUAUACAGUUCGUGAAGGCGAUGAACUUGUACUACCUUGCCCAGCAAAUGGAUCACCCACACCAAAAGUACAUUUUUCGCGUACCAGUGAACCUCGCCUAGGAGGCAGAUAUGAUGAAAGUUCUGGAGUAAUUAAACUAUCUAGACAAACAGAUAAUUUACCUAAACAUUCAGUAGUAUCUCAGGAUCGUCAAUCACUUACAAUUUUCCGUACAUCAAAAAGUGACAGUGGUUCAUAUCAGUGUAAUGCUAGCAAUGCUGUUGGAUGGGAUAUUAUGGAGUAUAGCGUACGAGUCCGUGUUCCUCCAGCAUUUGAUACAUCGAAUGUUCAACCUGAAGUACAUUGGUUUGUUAAUCAAACUCGAUCACUUGAUUGUACACUAAUGGAAGGUGUUGAUCCACCACCACAAAUUAAAUGGGAAAGAAAUAAUUUACCCAUAGUGAAUGGACCAGAUAUUCAAGUAUCCGCUGAUGGUAGUAAAAUUACAGUACCACUUGUACAAACACGAGAUGCUGGAGAAUAUAUCUGUCAUGCUCAAAAUGAGGUUGGAAAAUCUACACAAAUAUUUAAUGUACUUAUCUAUGUUCGUCCAAAGUUUGUUGAUCCAACUAGAAAGAUUCAUAUUCAAGCUGUUCAGAAUGAAACAAUCCAGUUGGCUUGUGAAGCAACAGGUGAACCACGUCCACGAUUCGCUUGGUUUAAAAAAGAUAUUGAAAUAGUUCAACCACAAUUUAUGGAUCCACGAUAUAUUCAUCCACAGUUGUCUAGUUUAGCUAUCCUGAGUGGAGAUCAAAUGUUGCAGAUAUCAAAUAUACAACCUAGAGAUCAAGCAGAAUACACUUGUACUGUUAGUAAUGGAGGUGGUACAAUAGAAAAGAAAUUCAAUGUAACUGUAAUCGUUCCACCAGUAAUAAUAAAACGUUCUGGAUCACUAGAAGAACAUCGUACAUCUGAAUUCAUUCCAAUCACAUUUUAUUGUCUAUUGCGUGAUAUCAAUCAAACAAAAGCGGAAAUUACGUGGACUAAGGAUGGUGCACCAAUAUUGAUGUCACCAGAUGGAGAUUAUUAUGUGAUACAAGAUCAAGGACAGAGUUUAACUGUUGUCCGUCCAACUGCUGAUGAAGUUGGAACUUAUCGGUGUUUAGCACGUAAUAGAGCUGGUGAAGAUAGUCACACUUUCCAGCUAUCUGUUAUUGCCUCACCUAGAUUUCCACAAGAUUUUGUUCGUUAUCGUCAAAAACAGAUUGUACGCCUGGGUGCUGAAAUUGAAUUCGAUUGUCCAGCACAAGGAUCACCUCCGCCUACAAUUACAUGGUAUUAUAAAGGUGCACCAUUGUCACAGUUCAAUGCACCAGCUAAAUACACCUUUGAUGAUAAUGGCAGUAAAUUGAAGAUUAUCUCGGCUACUGGUAAAGACUUAGGAGAAUAUCAGUGUUUGGCACGGAAUGAAGCUGGGAAUGUAUCAAAAAUUUAUGAAUUAGAAGUUAUUAUGCCACCUUUGGUUAGACUAGACAAAACUGAAAUACGUGAAAGGGAAGGUGCUACCUUUACUGUGCACUGUUCAGCUGAAGGACAUCCUAUGCCAACUUUGGAAUGGUUUAGAGAGACUGGAGGGCUAUUCCGACUUGGAACAAGUGUAGAUAUCAGUACUGGACUGUUAACAAUCACAGAUGCUAAAAAGGAAGACAGUGGCCGUUAUGUUUGUAAAGCUACAAAUAAAAUAAGCGAGGAUUCGAAAUCAGUUAUGAUCGAAAUAAUUGAACGACCUACCAUACAUACUUCAAUAAAACCGAUUCUGGCAAAAGAGAAUGAACAAGUCUUGCUACCAUGUAGAACAAGUGGUACACAACCAAUACGUAUUCAGUGGCUUCUACCAUCUGGUCAGCUAAUCACAGCUGAUCAACCAGGUAUAUUUAGGCUAUUACCUGAACAAGGUCUUUUAAUUGAAAAAGUCCGUUCAGAACAUGCUGGACGUUAUCGAUGCUCAGCAAACAACGAAGCCGGAUUUCAGAAUGCUGUUGUCAGCCUAGAAGUGCUUAUUCCUCCAACAUUAGUGAAACCGUCUAAUCUAGAAGUGUCUGGACGAUUGAACUCUGUCUUACGGUUGAAUUGUGAAGUAGAAAGCGGUUCACCUGCCCCAACUUUAAUUUGGGAACGUGACGGUGUAACAUUUAGUCGGACGAAAAGUUAUUAUACUACAACAGAAUCUGGUCUGUUCAUCUUCAAUUCGCUAAAGCCUGAGGAUGAAGGUGAACUUACGUGCAUUGCCAAAAAUGCAGCAGGUGAAGACCGUGUAACUUUUCGUGUAUCCGUUCUAGUUCCACCACGUGUCUCUCUACCAAUUUCAACUAUUGGCUAUGAAGGCAAAUCAGUUACAAUGAAUUGCGAAGCUGAUGGUCGUCCAAAACCUGAAAUUAUUUGGGAAUUCAGAGGGCAACCGCUAACCAGUUAUCUGGAUGAUCGUGUUCGUUUCGAAACACCAACAAAGGUUACAAUACAUGAUUUGAAGCCUACUGAUGGAGGGACGUAUUCAUGUAUUGCUCGUUCUCCUGGUCAAGAAAUGGCAAUGGAUUCCACCUUCUUGACAAUUUUCACUAAACCAGAGUUUGAGAGAACACCGAAUCAAACAACUGAGGCUUAUGAAGCUAGAUGGAUACAGUUUCGUUGUAUUGCUAAUGGACAUCCAAAGCCAGACAUUCGUUGGAUGCAUAAUGGAAAUAUCAUUCCAAGUAAUCCAAGUAAAAAUGGAGUUGGUUCAUUGGUUCUUGGUCCACUAAGAACUGAUCAAGCUGGUCGGUAUACUUGUGCAGCCAAAAAUGAUGCUGGAAGUAUUGAAUACGAUUUUGAACUGAAGGUUAAGACCCGUCCUAAAGUGCAUGUCUAUCAGUCAGAUGAACCACCUAAAGAAAGUGAUACAACUCGUCUACGAUGUGAAGUUAGUGGAGAUGCUGAUUCAGUUAUAUGGUUAAAAGACGGCAACAAGAUUUCAAAUUCAAGUCGUUUUCGUAUACUAGACAGAGGUUCCAGUCUUGUCAUCAAAAUGGCAAAGGCCAGAGAUACAGGGACCUAUCAGUGCAUAGCAGCUAAUCCGGUCGGUGAAGAUCUUGGUGAACUUCGUUUAGUUGUGGAAAGUAAACCAUAUCUUGUUACCUAUCCAAAUAAUAUGACUGCUCAAAUUGGAAGUGUAGUCACGAUGGAAUGUCUUGCAGAAGGUCAGCCAAAACCAACUAUAACAUGGUAUAAAGAUAAACAAUUAAUCACACUUCAUGGACAUCGUUCAGUUGUAAAUAAUGGUUCUCUGAGAAUUGUUGGAGUUUCAUCCGAUGACGACGGUUUGUACCACUGUGUCGCAUCUUCAAGUUUGGGUGAAGAUUUUUCACCCCCUGCAUUUUUACAAGUCCAGUUAGAUGGUCGAUGGUCACCGUGGUCUUCAUGGUCAGAGUGCAGUCAAACAUGUGGGCAUGGAACACAAUCAAGGACUCGUAAAUGUACCGAUCCAGCUCCAAAAUAUGGCGGUGCUCAUUGUUUUGGAGAAACUACUGAAAUCCGUUCUUGCUUAGUAUCGUUCUGUCCAACAGAUGGUGAAUGGGGCAGUUGGACACCUUGGUCAGCUUGUACAGCUACAUGCGGCGCAGGGUUAUCUCAAAGACGAAGGCGUUGUGACAGUCCACCACCAAGUAAUGGUGGCAGGCCAUGUGUUGGUGAAGCCGUUGAAGAUGUGAUGUGUGAAGGUCUUCCACCUUGCCCUGUUGGUGGUAGCUGGUCACCAUGGUCACCGUGGUCAGAGUGUUCGUCCACCUGUGGUGAAGGAGGUACACAAAAUCGUAGGCGAACAUGUGACAAUCCGCCGCCGUCAAAUGGUGGUAGGUCUUGUCCAGGUCAAGAACUAAUGGUGAGGGCUUGCAAUCGUGGUCCAUGCCCAGUGAAUGGAGGAUGGGGUAAAUGGACUUCAUGGUCUCAUUGUUCGCAUAGUUGUGGUGGAGGUCAACGUCGGCGUACUCGUUUGUGCGAUAGUCCAGCUCCAGCGUAUGGAGGUGAAGACUGUCCACCAACAGGAAGUAUAGAAACUUCUGAAUGUCAGUCGGAAGCAUGUCCAAUCCAUGGGGAUUGGUCGAAUUGGUCAUCAUGGUCAGCUUGUUCGCGUACUUGCGGAGUUGGAUUACAAAGCAGAGAACGUGAAUGCACACAGCCUCAACCUCAGUUUGGUGGACGCCUAUGCAGAGGUUCAGCAAAAGAGAUAAGGACUUGUGAAGUACAAAAACGUGGCAGUUCAGGAUUUUGUCCAGAGUCGGACAUUACACAAAAUCCCACUUGGUCAGAAUGGUCUUCUUGGUCAGAAUGUGAACCAGACUGUUCAUCUAAUGCUCAGAUAUCAGAAAUAGGUGGCAUAAGGCGUCGUGAAAGAACAUGUACACUCGUAUCAACUGAAAAUGAUUUAACUAGAAGUAGUUCAGUCCUACCAUCUCAUGGAUGUCCAGGUCCGACGGAAGAGAUUCAAGAUUGCGUGCUUGAACACAAAGUAGAUAGAUGUGAGAAUGCUUUAACUCAUGUUAACAAGGGGAUGUUAACUGGUACUAUUCGAGGUCAACUCAACAGUCAAGAUUUAGGCACAAUUCUUCUUAAUGCUAGUUGGUUUAACUCUGGAGCAAAUCGUCCAACUGCUUAUGAAUUUUAUUUGUACAAUGUACCACCAGAACGUAGUCAGUGUAUUCAGGCGUUAACUGAAAUUUACCUCCCAGGUAUUUGGUAUGCAGCACAAGAGGUAUCUGGUGCAACUAAUGGUCAUAGAGUGAUGGGCACAUCAAACGGAGUAACAUGGGAAUCUGUUGGUCAAUUUGCAGAUGGAAGUAUGAUACAGAUGAGUCAACGUGUAUCACGAACAAAUGAGUCAUACGGAGUAUCUCUGACUGAAUCUAUAAUUCACCUGAAUACUGACAUCCACCUAUCUGGAUCGUGUACAUUUUCUUUAAUUGAUUCUAAAACAACAUCAAAUCCUGAAGUUGAAUUACACGAUUUUCAUGAAGAUUUAGUACAGUUAAGUCCUCAAAAAGGCAGCCUACAUGGUCAUUCUUCGAGAGCAUUUACAGUGUAUAAUUUAGAGAGAGAAAAAUCUCAAAUGGAACCAUAUUCAUGGACUUCAACUAUUCGGAUUGGUCCAGAUAGGAGACAAAAUUAUUUAACACAAGAAUUACAAGUUGACGGAAUAGAACACAAAGCUAAUUUACAAGCUGGACAGAUUGAAUUUCGCGCUGAAGGUAUAAUCAAAAAACCGUUAGGUCCAGAGGUUUGUCCAUCUGGAUUUGAAAUACAACAGGCGAGAGUAACUGGUCCAGGGAUGAGAUUACAAAGUAGAAGAGACUACUGUAAAGACAUCGAUGAAUGUGCUUUCCCAAAUCUGAAUAAAUGUGAUCAUAUGUGUAAAAAUACAGUACCACAAUACACAUGUACAUGUCAGCCUGGUUAUCGUUUAUCUGUUGAUGGACAUUCUUGCAUUGACAUUGAUGAAUGUACUACUGUAAUCGGAAAUAAUGGAACAUUAUGUCCAUACGGCCAAAGAUGUAUAAAUACGCCGGGCAGUUAUGAAUGUAAACAACUUUGUGCACCUGGUUUAAGAGAAAAUCUCCUUGAAGAUCGUUGUGACGAUAUUGAUGAAUGCCAAGUGGAGCCAGGUAUAUGUGGACUUCAUACAUGUGUGAAUACUUUUGGUGGUUAUCAUUGUGUCUGUUUACCUGGUUAUCGUAGAUUUGGUGAAAUCUGUCAAGAUAUCGAUGAAUGCUUGUCUGGGACUUAUCAAUGUCGUGAAAAUGAAAGAUGUGUCAAUAUACCAGGCAGUUUUCGCUGUCAGCCUGCAUGCCCUCCAGGAUAUCGUGCAAUUGGUAGUCCUGAAUCAAAUAUCGUUGAAUGUGUGGACAUAGAUGAAUGUGCAAUUGGAACAUUCCAAUGCCCCAAUGGAGCGAGAUGUAUUAACGAACCAGGAACGUAUAGUUGUCGGUGUCCAAAUGGUCAAGAAGCUGGAAAUCAGGGAUGCGAUAUCCGACGUGAUGAAUUCUGCAAUGAAGGAUUUCAAUGGAAUCGAGAAAGAGGUUGUAUAGAUAUUGAUGAGUGCAAUCCACCAUUCGGUUCAAGUCCAUGUCAGUAUAAGUGUGUAAAUACCUACGGUGCAUACCGUUGUGAAUGUCCUGUAGGAUAUGAAGUAGAUCGUAGAACAAAUUUAUGUAGAGAUAUAAAUGAAUGCAAUUUAGGUUAUCCGUGUAGAUCUGAUGAAGUCUGUUUAAAUCUUCCUGGAAAUUAUACAUGUGUUGAACAGAAAUGUCCAGAAAAUUAUGUUUUCGAUAAGAAAUCUAGAUCUUGUAGAAUACGAUGUGCUGACUCUAAAUUAACGUGUCCUCAUGGUGCUAUGUUUGCUGAUACAGUGGAAUAUUUGAUUGUUAGUCUUCCGCCUCCUGAAUCAUUUCGUGUAACUGGAUCAAGAAUCAUGCUUCGUGUUGUUGAUUGGUAUCAAGUUCAGCAAUCAAACUGUUAUUAUCAAUUAUUAGAUAAAUCGCCUAAUACUCCAGUGAAUCAUCGUACUGAAGAUGGAGUCGUCUAUCUUACGCCCAACUGGAGUCCAAAUCAUACACGUGAAAAACCACUUUUAAGUGCACAUCUUGAAGGUGUGAAUAAUGGAACAAACAAACACAAUACAGACAGAAAAUACGAUAAAUCAGAACAAUUGUAUUACUUGUUUUUCCGAGUUUCAUGCUAUGAAGAUGAUUCUAUAUUGCCGUCACCAUCACCAUCGUUGUCGACAGCAGAGGCAGGAGCUGUAAUACCAUCUUUUUCAGCAGCUGUGCCUUCUGUUAAUGCAGCAUAUGUCAACUCGUUUAAUACCAAUAACAUGGAUAAUAAUGAUUAUAAUACUGAAAAUCAGUCAUGGUUGAUUAACCCCCCAUCGGAUAUUCAUUAUAAUCAAACAAAUGGGAAGUACAAACUAGUAUUCCAGCAUUCGUUUUAUGUUUACAUUUCAGUGUCGAAAUAUCCAUUUUAG